AUGGAUUAUGUCUUACUGGAUGCCGGCAUUAUGGGGCGGGGGAUCAUUAGAGAAACUAAUACGGAUAAUGUUGCUGUGUUUGAUCACUACCAUUUACCUGUGGACUUCUCCGGCGACAACAAUCACACGGCCUCGAUCCUCAAGAAGAAAGUUUUCCUCUGGAAAGAGCGACACAAAUGCAGUGUACAGGAGUUUCCAACCGUCUGCCUGUGUCGGAUGUACACUAAGAUGCAUUGCAAGAAUGCGAACCUGACACAGGUACCUCAGGAUAUCGGAACUUCAGUGACAGCAUUGAUGCUGGCGAACAACUCCCUCGUCCUAAAAGCUGGAGAUUUUGAAAAAUACAGCAACCUUGAUCUUUUGGACCUCGAGGGUAACAGUCUCUCCUAUCUUCCAGCGGGAGUUUUCCGGGGACUGAAUAACCUCACAAGACUGUUUUUGAAAGAUAACGCCUUGCACGAGCUACCAGCCGAUGUUGUGACUGACUUGCCCUCUCUGAAGCAGCUGGUUCUCCAGGGAAAUCAGUUCAACCAGUUUGACGAUCUGCUUACCAACGUACCCAGCUUGGUUCAGCUGUGGAUGAGCUCGAAUUUAGUUACCCUGAAAGGACGCAACGUCAGCCCGAAAGCAGACAACUUGCAAGAACUAUUUCUGGAAAAUAAUAUCAUAAGGGCGCUGACGAUUUCUUCCCUGGAGGGGCUCUCCGGAUUAAUUGCUCUUUACCUUCGGGAUAACACUAUAACAAGUAUUGACCCAGGAGCCUUCAGGGAUCAAACGAGCUUGGUGGAUUUAGAGUUGAACAACAACCGAAUUCGUAGCCUCUCCAUUGAUGCAUUUCUGGGCCUCGAGAGUCUGAAGAGUUUAAGUCUUCAAGGGAAUCCGCUCAUGACUGUUGCAGACACAACGAUUAAGAACCUUCCCAGCUUGAUGUCUCUGAGUCUUGAUAAUAUUGAACUUCCUGCUGGCGUUCUGUACAAUUUAUCUACGCACCAGAGGGAAGAUGAUCUUAUCCCCGAAAUCCAACAUAUAUACUUCAUGAGAUUCCGAUACUGCAGUUAUUUCCCCAAAGUACCAGACUGUCGGCCGAAAACUGAUGGUGUUUCAUCCUUCGAAAACCUCCUUGUUCGGUUAGAACUUCGAGUAGCAGUGUGGUUGGUGGCAACUCUCACCAUGGUAGGGAACUUCACCGUACUGGCAGGAAGACUUUUCACUCGGGAUGACAACAAACUUCUCUCACUUUUUAUAAGGAAUCUGGCAGUCGCAGACCUCCUCACCGGUGUCUACCUUUUCGUGGUGGGGAUAAAGGAUCUCCAGUUUAGGUCGGAAUAUCACCAGUAUGCCUAUUACUGGAUGAGCUCCUGGGGGUGUACAGUGACAGGGGUCCUAGCGAUGACUUCUGCAGAGGUCUCGGUGAUGAUCCUAUCCUUCAUGUCUGUCGAGAGAUGGAUAUGCAUUACCUGGCCUCUGAGGACGCCGAAGCUCUCGAUUGGAACGGCAAGGAUCAUCCUCACAGGGAUCUGGUCCGCAGGACUUCUUAUCUCCAUCUUCCCCGUGUUCUAUUACCAGACACGCCAAGGCUUCUAUGGUACAAAUGGAAUGUGCUUCCCUCUGCACCUAGACGACCCUUGGGUCCCUGGAUGGUUCUACUCCGCCUUCAUAUUCGUUGGCCUCAACCAGAUUGGGGUCGUCUUGAUCUUGUUCUCCUACAUGGGAAUGUUCUGCAGCAUCCGACUGACAAGAGCAGCGACUCCCCUGUCGCUGGGAGACAGGGAAUUCGCCAUAAGGUUCUUCUUCAUUGUCUUCACCGACUGUCUUUGCUGGAUCCCCAUCAUCGUCCUGCGAAUCAUGGCUCUGGCGAAUUUCGAAAUACAACCUGAGCUUUACGCUUACGUCGUCGUGGUUCUUUUACCCAUAAACUCGGCACUGAAUCCUUUCUUAUAUACCUUCACUACUUCGAAGUUCAGAUCACAGGCAGGUCGAUUCUUCUAUGGCAAAGCCGAUUCUGAAACGACCCGUUCCUCGUUCUUCAGGAGCGCCACCUACAAGUGGAGCAAUGGGCGAGAGCUCCAUCACCUUAAUGCCGACCUUCCGGCCCCGAGCACUAUCGAAACCUCCGUCGGCGGCGAGUCAUGUAAGGUUAACUCUGUCGCGGAAGAACCUCAACAGCAGCAGCAGCAGCAACAGCAGCAAAACCACAAAAACCACCACCAGCCAGCAGCAGCAGGUCAAAACGGAAACGAAGGUCUAAUCGGCGGGAGAGCCUCGGUUCCAUCAGGAGGAGGCUGGUGGCUGAGACCAUUUGCUGACGCUGAUGAUGAUGAGUAUCCUAAUUCGUGAUCUGUUUGAUAGGGAUGUGUUUGCUUGUUUGCUUGUGUUGUGUAUAUGUGGAGUCGAAAGCGUCUGUCGUGACAGGCCAAAACAAAGUCCCCGGGCUGUCGCGUUUGUGAAGUUCGAUUUCCAGUGCAGUAUUAGCCACCACUUCAUUAUGAUUCUGAAUGAUUUUUCAAAUCAUAGUGGCCGAAGAAUGCUAAAGAAGGAUUUUUUUGUGAAAUUGAUCUACAGAGCAGUAUUAGCCUCCAGUAACUGAUCAUUACGAACCUGAAUUAAUAUAUUCCUAAUGACGAAAGAAUGCUAAAGAAAGAUUUUGAUUUAACUUUUGUUCAAUGAUAAGGUUAUGCUACGGUUAUUGCUCAAUACCUUAGAUAGUCAAAAAAUGAAGGUGAAUGUUAGCUUUUAGAAAGAAAAACUUAUACGUUACCAGUGAUGACACUAAAUUGCUGGAAGUAAUUCGUGGGAGAUUGAAUCUUAUCACAUCUCUUUAAAGGCUACACAUUUCUUACUCUUAUAACGCACAAGAAAGGACCCACUGACUGGAACAUUGCGCAUAACCCCUCAUUUGCUUUCUUUCUAAAAAGGAAGUGAAUUUGUAAAUACAGUAAUAGUAAUUUUAUGAAUGUUUGUCACAUAUAAGUCGUAGUAGCUGUCAUGACUCAAAAACUUAUCAUUAAAACAGAAUCUGUCAAAUAUAUUGAUAUAAUCCAACGCAGUAAGAAAAAAGCAAAUUUGAAUAUGAGAAAUUGGUAUUUAUCCAAAAUACAGAAGUAUGUGAACAUAAAUGACUCUACUUUUGUAGUAUAUAUAUAUGUAUAUAUUAAGGAUCCUGAAAAUACUGCUUUCACAAGAAAAAAAAAAUGUGUGUUCUAUGUUUGGUGUUUACUCUGUCUUCCUCCUUAGGGAUCUUCAUGCUUGUUUAGACAUAUUUUAAGUAUGAAAGAAAAACAAAGGGACAAAAAACAUGAAGAGAUGACCUUUAUAUGUUCCUGUAAUAUGUAAAUGAAGAUGUGUUUGGUCGAGCUUACAACCCAUUGUAUUUCAUUUUUCCCAACAGAAUAACAACUCUCUCUC